UCGCUCGGGGCACCCGCAACAAGUGGCCGCCGCGCCCUCCCCGGGGAAGCCGCGGGCGCGCAGGGGCGCCGGGAGGAGGCGGCCGAGCCGGGGAGCCCCGGCCGCCCGCGCGGCUCAGCGCCCACCGCAGAGGGAUCGGGGCGGGCGGAUGGGGACCCGGCGGCGGCGGCGCGGCGAGCCUCUGGGCGGCCCCGGGGCGCGGGCUCUCCGCGGCGCUGCGCCCGCUGGCCCGGAACGCGGAUUCUAAGAGCGGCGGCUGCCCCCGGCCCCACCCGGAGCCAUCGGGGGUGCCAGGCGGGGACGCAGCGCCCCCUCCCACCGGAGUGCAAGGGGCCGCCCCCCGGCCGGAGCCUGGCCCCGGAGCGUGGGGUAUGCGCAGCUAACGGUCCCGUCGGGCGGGCUUUCCUCUGGCGGAGCGCGCAGGCGGUGCGCCCCAGCUAUGGAGUGUCCGGGGAGACGGCGGGCAUGACGGCGGCAGGAUGGGCGCGAACAAUGGCAAACAGUACGGCAGUGAGGGUACAUUAUGUGACGUGGUUGAGCAGACGACAUUUGGACGAAAUUUGUGUGAAUGGAAUCACGCUGGAGAUGACCUAAAGGAGAAGAGUAUUCUGAGCGUUUUGGAUGAGAUGUCCCCUGCCACUUGCCAUAUGGUUUAGCAGGUGCCCUCAGAUGCCAACAGGCAAAGGCAGCUCAAGCAUCUCAUCCGACGUGAGUUCAAGUACAGAUCACACGCCGACCCAAGCCCAGAAGAAUGUGGCUACCAGUGAAGACUCCGACCUGAGCAUGCGCACCCUGAGCACGCCCAGCCCGGCCCUGAUAUGUCCACCGACCCUGCCCGGAUUUCAGAAUGGAAGGGGCUCGUCCACCUCCUCGUCGUCCAUCACCGGGGAGACGGUGGCCAUGGUCCACUCCCCGCCCCCGACCCGCCUCACCCACCCGCUCAUCCGGCUCGCCUCCCGACCCCAGAAGGAGCAGGCCAGCAUCGAGCGCCUCCCGGACCAGUCCAUGGUGCAGAUCUUCUCCUUCCUGCCCACCAACCAGCUGUGCCGCUGCGCGCGCGUGUGCCGCCGCUGGUACAACCUGGCCUGGGACCCGCGGCUCUGGAGGACUAUCCGCCUGACGGGCGAGACCAUCAACGUGGACCGCGCCCUCAAGGUGCUGACCCGCAGACUCUGCCAGGACACACCCAACGUCUGUCUCAUGCUGGAAACCGUAACUGUCAGUGGCUGCAGGCGGCUCACGGACCGAGGGCUUUACACGAUCGCCCAGUGCUGCCCGGAACUGCGGCGCCUGGAGGUCUCGGGCUGUUACAACAUCUCCAACGAGGCGGUCUUCGACGUGGUGUCCCUGUGCCCCAACCUGGAGCACCUGGAUGUGUCAGGGUGCUCCAAAGUGACCUGCAUCAGCUUGACCCGGGAGGCCUCCAUUAAACUGUCCCCCUUGCACGGCAAACAGAUUUCCAUCCGCUACCUGGACAUGACGGACUGCUUCGUGCUGGAGGACGAGGGCCUGCACACGAUCGCCGCGCACUGCACGCAGCUCACCCACCUGUACCUGCGCCGCUGCGUGCGCCUCACCGACGAGGGCCUGCGCUACCUGAUGGUCUACUGCGCCUCCAUCAAGGAGCUGAGCGUCAGCGACUGCCGCUUCGUCAGCGACUUCGGCCUGCGCGAGAUCGCCAAGCUGGAGUCGCGCCUGCGGUACCUCAGCAUCGCCCACUGCGGCCGCGUCACCGACGUGGGCAUCCGCUACGUGGCCAAGUACUGCGGCAAGCUGCGCUACCUCAACGCCCGGGGCUGCGAGGGCCUCACGGACCACGGCGUGGAGUACCUCGCCAAGAACUGCGCCAAGCUCAAGUCCCUGGACAUCGGCAAGUGCCCGCUGGUGUCCGACACGGGCCUGGAGUGCCUGGCCCUGAACUGCUUCAACCUCAAGCGGCUCAGCCUCAAGUCCUGCGAGAGCAUCACGGGCCAGGGCCUGCAGAUCGUGGCGGCCAACUGCUUCGACCUGCAGAUGCUCAACGUCCAGGACUGCGAGGUGUCCGUGGAGGCCCUGCGCUUCGUGAAGCGCCACUGCAAGCGCUGCGUCAUCGAGCACACCAACCCCGCCUUCUUCUGAGCGCGCUUGGCGCGCGCCGCACGGACCCCACGAACCCCUUUCUAGAAAGCAGCGUAUGUAAGCACCGACCGCCGCUCGCUCGUAACAGCUCUUUCUUCCUGGAAGGUUCUUAGGCAUCCGGCUUUUCUUUCUCCCUAUGUCUGGCGGGCCCACAGGAGUCAAGGGAAGGAAGGGGGAGUGGGGGGGGGGGGGGGGGGAGAGCCCGGGGAGCGGGGGGAGGGGCACGAAUUUCUGUUGACAGCGAACCGGUUGUGUGGUCGGGUCAUGGCGAGGCAGCGUCUCGUCUCCCGAAAGGCGUGCCUCGGCAAGCUGGAGGCGGAGUGUUGGAGGACGCCUCUUUUCUCUGUCUCUCCGCCCCUGGCCACCUCCCAGGCUUCUACGCGCACCCCCUGCAACCCCACCUCCACCCCCACCCCCACCCCGCCCUCGCCAGGAGCAGCCACAAAUCCUCCGAAUAGGGAUGCUCUCCGGACCUCCUCCCCCUUAAACUGCUUCAUUGGCCUAAGCCCUACCCAUCAAUCCCACACCCAGGCAGAUUCUCGUUAAAGAACAUACAAAGUGGUAUAUGCAAAGUGCUAAGGACCCUUUUCUAAAGAAUCACUUGUCCAGGCAGCACGGUGCAGGGGAGGGAGAGGGAGUGGGGGCUGCAUUCUUCCCCCCAGCGCUGCCGCUAAAUAGCUGUGUGACCUUGGGCAAACCACUUGACCUCUCUGGGCUUCAGCUUCCAGCACCGAAUCAGAGGCCACCCCUGCCCCAGGAUCCGCUCCCUUCCCAUUUUAGAACUGAGAGGACAGAGAUGUCAAUAAACAGGAGCACCCUGGCCUGGACCGUAGGAGGCAUCCACCUCUAUUGGUUUUGGAGGGUGCUUUCAGGAGAUUCAGAAGUGCCAGCGUGAAUGCCCUAUAGUUCCUUCACUCCAAUCCGAAUGUCACUCCACCCCUGUUUAUUUUGGUGGGUGAGUCUCUUGGGCACCUUCCCUGUCCCCCUAGGUGGAUCCUUUCUGUGACAAGGGCUUCCCACAUGGGUGCACCCCACGCCCUCUUGUGGAGGCAAUGGGAUUCCUACGCACAGCACAGCCCAUAUCCCCAGUCAAGGUGAUCUUGCUGAGUGUUUUCAAAUAGGAGGAAAGACCCUCACGAUUUUUAAUUAACAAGGGAGGCCCAAGAGAACGCAUGUCUUCCAAGGUUUUUCCAGGCCCUCUCCGUGCACCUGUGGCCUGCAUCAGGCAGGUCUGCCCGGCAGCCGGCAGGAACAGGCCUGUUGGUUCUUUGUCAUUCAGAUCACGUUUCGACUUUUCUCAUCUAUUUAUUUCUUUGGGCAUCCAGACAUCAUCGCAUGAAGCCUUUUGGGGUUGAGUCAUAAGUGUUUAACGGUGCAGAUUUGCCACCUCGGGUGCCUUCUCCCAUGGCUCUCUAAAUGUUCUCUGUCCAAGAAUGCACAACAGACUUUCAGGUGUUUAAAUACUGUUCACUCAAAAAUGUCAGGCAAAUGGAAGAAGGAAGUUGAUACAACUCAGGCGCCGGUCCACCAACCAGGCCCUUGGAAUAGAACGUUAAAAUGAUUGCCAAAUAGGAACUUUUUUUUUUUUUAACGUUUUUUAUUUAUUUUUGGGACAGAGAGAGACAGAGCAUGAACGGGGGAGGGGCAGAGAGAGAGGGAGACACAGAAUCGGAAGCAGGCUCCAGGCUCUGAGCCAUCAGCCCAGAGCCCGAGGCGGGGCUCGAACCCACGGACCGGGAGAUCGUGACCUGAGCUGAAGUCGGACGCUUAAGUGACUGAGCCACCCAGGCGCCCCAAACCAAAUAGGAACUUUAAAUGGCCCUAUUUGGAUGGCGAUCCAUUUGCUAGCUUCAUGCGUGUGAGAUCAGGAUGCCAGAAGAAACGUCUGCUGCUCAAUUUCAUGAAACUUAGUUGCCUUUGGUUAAUCCACACGUGACUUUUCCCAGAUUAUUCUCUGGCCACCACUCUCCUUCACCACUAUUCAAGUACUCAGCCAUUUCUUUCUCAAAGGGUCCAUCGCCCCAACACAGAACCUCUGCAUCUCCAAGCCAGGGGUAUGGAAUUUAUUUCACAUCGAGCCCACACGCAAGUCAACAGCUGCACUCCCACCGUAGGCUCACUGCGUUUCUUUGUCUUCUGUUGGGAAGGAAAAGAUAGAGUGACGUGGCACCUGCCCAGGGGGUUUCUCUCGUGCGUCAUAUGACAUCACCUCCUCUCCAGUCAACAUCGCCAACAACUUAGUGUGCGAUCGAUACUACGUGCCACGGGGGGAAAUGAAUUGCUUGUCUGGGAAUAGUAUCCUGGAGAUAGCACAGGGUUUAGAGUCAUGGAUGAGGUUGAAGGUAGCGUUCCCCUGCUCUGUGACUGUCUAAAAUUUCAGAAUUUGAGAGCCAACAAAGGAUCGUCCCUACCCCUUGGCACCGGGGUCUUCCAAGUGGUAUUUUCAUACUCCCGGAAUGAGAAGAGAGAUCCAAAAUGGCUCCCUGAACCAGAGAAUAGGUGUCCCAUUAAAAAUACCUUUAUCACCAUCACCUGACCGCAUCACCUAAACUGUCUUCCAAACAUGAGUCAAAGGUGACCUCUACAUUCAUUGCCCAGCACAUGCUGUCUUUCCCCGUCUCUCCUUUUUCCCCGUCUUCUCUUCAUCCGCUUUGCCUCCACUUGGGGUGGGAAUCUAUGGCAGAGGUCACUGGGGAAACAGCUCAGCAGAUUUUUAGAGACCAAGCAAAAGGCCUCACUAGGAAAUCUCUCUGUUUUAAAACAUUGCUUCCUUCCUGCCUCUGCGAAAAUGAAUGCUCAUUGUUGUUUUUUUAUUUCUAAUGUUCAAUCACUGCGUGCUGUAUGACUCUAGAAAGCCUUAAUUUACUACCACCAAGAAAUAAAGCAAUAUGUUGGUAA